UAGGUUGACGAAUUUGUUUCCAAGAGGAAAUUUCAGUGUGCAAUUCAGUAUUUCAAUAUGAUGACUUUAUUUCGUUAUUGAUCUUAAGUUUAGUACAAUUUGGUGUUCUUUCUAUACGUACAUUUGUGUAACAACGAUCAAAUAUUCAACAGAAAUUAAUGUACUAUGAACCGAUUGGAUGAUCCGCCAGGGCUCAUGAAAGGCAGAAAACCAUCUUUUAUUGGAAUGAACGGGGCUCCGGAGACAGAUGAUCAACAAAAAGUACGAUUUCAGGUUGAGUUAGAAUUUGUACAAUGUCUUGCCAAUCCAAAUUAUUUAAAUUUUUUAGCACAGCGCGGCUACUUCAAAGAUGCAACAUUUAUUAAUUACCUCAAAUAUCUAUUGUACUGGAAAGAACCAGAGUAUGCAAAGUAUUUAAAGUAUCCUAUGUGUUUGUAUUUCUUGGAUUUAUUACAGUAUGAGCACUUUAGAAGAGAAGUUGUGAAUUCUCAGUGUACAAAAUUUAUUGAUGAUCAGCAGAUUCUGCUAUGGCAGCAUUACACAAGACGUCGGACAAGACUUUUACAAACAGCUGCUGAACAAACACAGCAUACUAAUUCUCAAAACAAUGGUAUUGUUCAACCUAAAGUUCCCUAAAGUUAUAAUUUUAUAUUGAUCCUUUAUAUUUAUCCCUAUAUAUUGCAGCUUCUACAUUUGAUGUUGUUUCCAACAUAAGUAAUGUUUUUACAGAAAUUAAUUCAUAGAUUGUUACUUGACUGUGAUAAUU